AUGGCACCAUCGAAGAAAAAUAGGAGACGACUUGCGCCCAAAAGUCAAAAUUCAAAUACUACUAUCGCGAAAGGCGAGGAGAGAGAAUCCGCAGUCAAAGCGCAUAGAGAUGAAUUCAAAGAGCAGGGUGAUGCCAAGGAUAAAACUCAAACACCUCAAAAAGAUUUCAUGUGCGAGCAAGGGAGUUACUUCAAGGAUUGUGAAGGAUACGAAGAGACAGAUGAAGAUGUCGAAGAAGUACCGACACCCGCAAAAAGAAGUACAGGAGUCAGCCAUCAAACGCCAUACGCGAUCACCGAAAAGGAGAUCAGAAAGCCACACAAAGAAUCUGCAAGCAGCACUACAACACGGACGCGAAAGGAUCCGGUAUUCACAAAGUUUAUAAAUUUCAGUGACAAAAACCAAUCAGUAACCAUCGGUUCAGAACACUGGCGGUCUCGACUUGAGCAAUGGAAAGAUGAUCUCCAAGAUGAAGGUCUAAUUGGUGUUGUAUGGGACGAACGUACUGAACCUUGGAAAUACCAAAAGCGCUCGAAAGAGAGUAAGCAAAUGGCUGCAGAUAUCUGCGACUUCGAGACUCCAUCAGAAAAAGCUGGCCUGGUUCUCCACUGCCCUGUCGAACAUAAGGAAGACGAGCAGCGGGACAAUUUCACACCCCUUCACUGCCCAUCUGAGGACCAGGAAGAUGGGAGCCCAGAAAAAGAAAUUGUCAAGAUAUAUAUCGGCCCUGAAAGAUUCGUGAUCCGAGUUUAUAAGAAGAUUCUGUGCGAGAAGAUUUCAUACUUCAAAAACUUCUUUAGUGGAACAUCCCAAGAAGCAGCAUCGAAUUCCGUCACAUUCCCCAGUGGCAGCUUCGAGGCUUUUCAUGAUUUGAUGUGGUGGGCGUCUAAUGGGCAUUUGCCUCCAUGGUCGAUUUAUCCUGAUGGCAAAGAAAUGGUCGUUCUGAUCCAAACGGGGUUCAAUUGGGGUGGGCUCUAUUUGCUGGCGAGCAGAUUGCGUGUGGAAAAUUUGAUGAAUCUCAUAACAGAUUAUGUCGUGAGAUUUCUGGAAUUAAACCGAGCCAUACUGACGACGGAAGACAUCGCUGGUAUCUAUGAGCAUACCCCAAAGAAUUGCGGUUUAAGAAGGCUAGCCUGCUAUAGCUUCAACUAUGACCUAGAUCGUUGUCUUCCAGAGCUUUGGCCACGGUACUGUGACAUGGCAAAAAGCAUCGAUGGCUUGGAAGACGACUCUGUUGAUCUCAGGGAAGGAUUACAUGGAGAAAUAGUGACCUUCACGGACAUAUGGGACUUGCCACCAUGCCAAUUUCAUGACCACCUUAAUGGAGAAAUCUGUAACCAAAAGAAGUUGAAAGACCGGGAAGUAGGUAUAAGACGUCCUGAAAUGAUUCGCUAA